CCCGUUUAUCAGCUCAGGGGUGUGCUACAGCGGAGGGAAUCACAUUUGUUUCCCCAGGAGUAUCAGAUCUGGCCAACGCUUCUUGUCUGGAUCCCGAAUUUUUUCUUCUGUUCUUCUUUGGGACUUUGAAUCCAUUUGCAAAACCUUGUGCCUGCUGAAUCAAGAGGCAUCUCAACUCGACUUGGGAAAAUUAAUUUGCGUACGGGUCGUUCGUUGUGUGUACAUUCGGAACAAGGGCAAGCCCACCCAUCUGUCUCUCUGACCCUCUCAGGCAUCCAUCCAUCCCGCACAUACCACUCACACAGACCUCUCGAACAUGCCUACAGUCCCGAUUGCUCCCUCAUAGUCUCGCGUCACACGUAUUUGCAAACAAACGGCGGCGGAGCCGCACAAAAACUUCACACUCCGAGCGCCACCUGUACGCGCUGCUGCUGUGUAGCCGGGAAAAGACAAAAAGAUUGCGCCAGCACUUGCCCGACACGACCCGCCGAUCUUUCUUUCUUGUGUUCCCAGUCACCGAUUAUCGAGACUGAUUCGGCGUACACGACGCUCACUUAUGCGCGACGUGCGAUCACGAUGCCCUGGCACCCUUUGCCCCGAAUCGCCUUCGCCGUCGCGACCUACCCUUUUGCUGCUCAAAGCCCGGCCGACUUGCCACUCGAAAUCGGCGAUGACCUUUACAUAAUAGAAGAGACUCCCGAUGGCGACUGGCUUAGGGGAUACCUCGUUGCGCCUCCGAGUCUGCUCGCAGGCCUCACAUCAGUAAAGGGCCAGACUCUAGAGGCGCGCGUGUUCAGCGGAAUCUUCCCCCGAAGUUGCGUUGAGGUGCGUGAAUUGCUCGGCGAAUCAGACGAAACCGACGAAAACGAGAGCGAUGAUGGCGCGGUCGAUUCUUCCGGCGAGCCCGUACAUAUUGGCAGCGACUCCGGGAAGGGCGGCUUGACCCCUGUGGAGACCAAGAAAAAGAGGGAAAAGUCCAGGAUCCUCCAGGUGCCAAUAGCCGCCUUUGAUAAAAUUGGCGGUGAUGUCUCCAAGGCCAGGAAGUCCGCCGAUGUAACACCCAAGCGUCUGUCCAUUGCUCUGAAGCAUGAGCCGGGUCAACCCCGACCACAGGCUCCCGUGCCAAUGCUCAAGAUUGGCGACGAGACGCCGACAUCGACCUCAGAACCACUCAUUGAUGAGAUAGCGUCUUGCCUUCGGGAAUGGCACUCAACAAAUUUGCACGGGCUGCUGCUAGCGCGGCAGUAUCAAAAGCUCGAUCGGUUGUCCCAGCUAAUUUCGACACUCAAUUUCUCAAGACAGCAGUUUUUACACAACGUUCUCACCUCGUGGGAGUACGACAACUUGCGGGAGAAGACGGUCUGGGAUCUCGUACGUGUAAACAAGUUAUGCGGCGGCGAGGUUAUAGUGCGAGACCCUCGGGAGCGUGGACGAGUUCUCACAGGCGACGAUUCAGUCGUGGAGAUCACCAAGCUGCAGUCUAUCAUGAGCUUGUUAGAUGAAAGCCCACAACCACCUGUCGAAACAACUGCACUGCACCACCUGCUCAUCGAUAUCAAGGGCUUUGCUGGCACAUCGUUCGACGCCUCCAAGCUGCUGUUUUACCUCGCCCGAAAGGACGCGAGCACUGGCGAUCUAGUACGUCUCUCCGAAAACUAUUCGGUAGAAGUGCCCGCAGGCGGUGCCAUUGGCGCCCUCACCAUGUCUAGUCAACUCAAGGCGCUGUUCACAGAUCUGUCAGCAACGGACAUUGGCGAGGCCCCUUCAGCCGAGUCGGAACUGUUCUUGGUGGUCAAGGUACACGCACCGCAGGAAAUUCCUAUGGGCAAGCCCACUUCGCGGACUGGACCUGUGAACCACGCAAUGCCCACUUUUGGCAAGGAGCAUUCGAAGCCGCCCCUGUCAAGUGGGAACAAGUCGAUGCGCAGAAGCCUUAUGUGGGCAGGGAAGAGCACUAGGUCUGCUUUCUCUAGAGGCGGAGGCGGUUCCAGGCUAGAUCCUCUGACAGAACAGCGACCGGAUGUGCAGAGUCAAGUGUCAAUCGUGGGAGGCGCCGAAAGCCGAGAUGGCCCCGGCCCGCCAGGCACUGCAACUUCUAAAGGGACCAGGUGGUCUCUCGAUGGUGGUCAUUCGGAGCUGAGUGCAGACCGGACGAUCGGCGUCGGCAUUAUGAAACUGAACGCUAUAAUGAAACAAGAGGAGGAAGUCGAACAUGUCAUCAACAUAUUUACAUCUACAACAGAGAAGCCGGGAGCCGAGAAGGGUGGAGCCAUCGGUGACCCAGGCUCCCUUAUUAAUAAUCUGAUCGAGAACAAGACGGCUCAGGUGGAAAAGUCGAGGGGUGCCGAGCGGCUGCAGCUCGUCCUGAGAGCCUUCAACCACUCAGAUGCUGAUAAUCUCAUCAAGUCUACGCCGACGUUGCUCUCCAGCGUCUGCAAGACCAACAAGCUCGGAUUUUCUGGUGCACCCACCAAACCAAGAUCCGACAUAUACCUUACGGUCAACACAGCGAGCCUUGCGAAACAGUACGGGCUGUCAAAAUUCGGUGGUGGAUCCACAUCGCUCCCUAGCUCCGCGCAUUUGACCAACCUCCAGCUCACAAUCGAGGUCCGCCGUGCCUCGGGCGAACGAAUCGAAAACAGCAUAUAUUCGUCGUCAAAUAGCGAAGGCGUGAGCUCGUGGAAGACGGUUGCCGUCGAGCGCGAUGGUAGCUGGGAUCAGACAAUCAGAUUGCUCCUGGCCCCGGAAGACGUGUUUACGUCUCAUGUGGCCAUGUUCCUUGCAGACAUUCCAAACCCUCCUUUUGCGGUUGCACACAUGCCUCUUUGGGAUCAAGAGGCUUUUGUCGCCGACGGUGCUCACUCUCUCCUGCUUUACGAGGUUGACGAGUAUACCGCCACGCCGAAAUCCAGCCAAGCACCUGGCACGAGGGGCGGUUACCUGUCCUUGCCAUGGAACGCAAGGACUGGGCAGACUGACCUCAGCGGAUCGCUGGCUUCGCUGCGUGUCAAUAGCUACUUGUGCAGCACUCGUUUUUCGCAAGACAGAGCAUUGCUGGGGGUUCUCAAGUGGAAAGAAAUGCCCAAAGAGGAUUUGCCGGUCCUUCUGAAGCAGGUGAUAUUCGUGCCCGAGAUCGAGAUUGUCAAGCUUCUCAACGAUGUUCUUGAUGCGUUGUUUGCCAUUCUCACCGAGUAUUCAGGAAACGAAGACCAUGAGGAUCUAGUGUUCACCGCGCUCGUACGCGUCCUUGACAUUGUCCACGAUAGGCGCUUCAACCUGGGCCCUCUGGUUGAUCAAUAUGCGGAGACCAGAUUCAACUACCCUUCGGCCACGACUUGCCUAGUGAAGUCUUUCACAAGAUUACUCGACAGACCCAGCGACCCCGAGACUGCAAGAAUGCUCAGGGCAACGUUCAAAGUGGUCAGGCACAUCCUCAAGUUCGUUACGUCUGCUCGCGAUCAGCAAAAGGUCAAGGAGGCAAGCAUCGGAAUCACGGGCUCCACUCCCGGUUUUACGCGCCAACUUCAGAGCAUUUUCAAAUCACUGGACGCAAUGAUGCGUCAGACAAUUCCUAUUCUUGUUGGCAGUCAGACUCUGGCUGUGCAAUACUUUCACACAUGGCUGCCUGAGCUUGCCGGCCUGCUGACGACUGAGGAGAUUAUGCAUAUCGCUAUUGACUUUAUGGAUUCUUGCUCACUGGUUAAGGGCAAACUGGUUCUUUACAAGCUCGUUCUCAUCAUAAACUACUCCAAGCUCGAGAUAUUUGCCCACCCAGAUCAAAGAUCAGUCCUGAGCGCAAACACCGUUAGGUGGAUCUCACCGCACUGGGGUUAUACGGAUAACGUGUCAGAUCAAUGGAAAGAGCAGGUUCGGCUUUGCUGCUCCGUGCUUGCCAGCCAGAUUGACCACCUUGGCCCGGAGAUACCGGACUAUAUCCCCAAGAUCAUGCAGUCGUACGCCGCCAUACAGGAGGUCCCUCGCAAGCCAAAAUCUCGCCUCUCGCUACUCUUUCCUACACAGUAUCCAUUCCCGAGCAGGCCCACGACAGAGCCGGCGGCGUUUGACGAGGCUCUGAUCGAACUUUCCGCUGUUCUCUCGGCACUGUCGAACUCGCCAAGCGGGAUGCAGUUCGAACUGGGUGAGGAGGAUCUUCACAUUGUUCUGGAGAACACCCUCAACGUCCACAUGAGCAUCUUGAAAGGCGAAGCAUUUCCUCCAGACUGGCUGAGCGUGCACAUUUUCCACCACAAAUCAGCGAUGCGAACUCUCGAGUACGUCUCUGGCAUUCUUCUCGAGUCUUUCCUGCCCGAUCCGGAUGAUGCCGAGAACUUCAGCACGGAGCUGUGGAAGAUGUUCUUCACAACCUUGCUGCAACUCGUCAGCAGUCCUUCACUAGCGUUGGAGACGUUCCCAGAGCAGAAACGACGGGCGGUGUGGAAGAUUGCGGGUGAUGUCAGAGAGCACGGCGCUGAGCUGUUGCGUCGAACUUGGGAAGCCAUUGGAUGGGAGACGAGCUCAGAGGAGAUGACAAGAUAUGGGUUGUCCAAGGUGGGCGGUUACCAGGUGCAAUACGUGCCAACGCUCGUUGGCCCUAUCGUCGAGCUUUGUUUGAGUGUCCAUGAAGGUCUACGCCGCAUGGCCGUCAAAGUGCUGCAGACUAUGAUCGUGAGCGAGUGGACUCUGAGCGAGGAUUUGUCGGUUAUCCAGGCCGAGAUUAUCGACUGCUUGGACGAUUAUCUCAAGUCCAAGCCGCUCACCGAGAGCAUCCUGCAGAAGUUGUUCGUUAGCGAGUUGAUGGCACGCUUCGAGCCACUAUCACUGGUAGACGGUGAUCCUCUGUACGCAGCACUUGGCGAGCUGAUGGGUACUGUUGACGAGUUGCUCGAGUUACUAGUGGCAGUACACAGCGGUGAUGGCUCCGGAUCCGGCGAGGCAUCCCAUCUUAUCCACAGGUUACGUCUUAUGGAGUUCCUGCGCGACAUGCAGAAGGAAGAGAUAUUUAUCCGCUAUGUCCACCAGCUAGCCCACCUACAGGCCGAAGCUCGGAACCAGGGCGAGGCUGGCCUGGCUCUCCGCUUGCAUGCAGACCUAUAUGACUGGAAUCCGGCCAAGACGACGCCCGCCCUGAUUGAUCCCCCGUUCCCGGCGCAGACGCAUUUUGAGCGUAAAGAGCGGAUAUACUUUGAGAUGAUCAAACACUUUGAAGACGGUGCCGCCUGGUCUAGCGCUCUGGAGGCGUACAAGGAGCUGCAGCAGCAGUAUGAGACCAACGUAUUUGACUUUUCCAAGCUUGCGAGGACAGAGCGGGCGAUUGCGACCAUCUAUGAAACCUUGGCCAAGAGCGAUAAGCUAGUGCCGAAGUACUACAAGGUCGUCUUUCGUGGGCUCGGGUUCCCGGUUAGUGUCCGCGACAAGGAAUUCGUUUACGAGGGCUCACCGAGCGAGAGGGCAUCGGCAUUCACGGACCGCAUUCAGGAGCAGUACCCCUCUGCUCAGAUCGUCACGAACGAGAACGUAGACGACGUUGAAGGCCAAUUCCUCGUCAUAUCGGUCAUAAGCCCCGAUCGUGACCUGGCACACCUCGUGUUCCAAAGGUCGCGAGUACCACAGCCGAUUCGCGAGUAUCUUGUGACUCCUCACCCACAAAAGUUUGCUGUCACGUCAAAGCGCAGCACAACCGGCCCUCCUUCAGAGCACUAUGCAGAGAAGACCGUUUAUGUCACUGCCGACGUCUUCCCGACAAUCUUGCGCCGCAGCGAGAUCGUUGACAGCUACAACAUUAGUCUUGAUGCCAAACAGACUGCCCUCGAACGCAUAGUGCGGAAAACGCAAGAAAUGUCUGGCGUUGAGAAGAGGGUGCUUCAAGGGGAGGGCGGCAAGGAGUUGCUUCAGCUGCUUGUUGAUGCAGUCAGCAUAUCAGUCAAUCCGAACUCGGAGAACAGUGUUGCAUGCUACCGGCAGCUGAUAGCUUCGAAAAAGCCACCGCGCAAAGAUGACGAAGAUUCCGAUGCCGAUGAGUCUGAUGACGAUAGCGACGACGACGCGGUUCUCGACCCCAAAGAGAACGCCAUCAAGAUCGCGCUGAUUGAUCACGCCAUCAUGCUGAAGCGUGUCCUCGCCAACAUGGCCAAGAGCUCUAAUGAGAUCCUUUCUCGCCACCAUAUGGAUCUGCAACGAUACUUUGAGAGCACUUUCGCAUCCGAGAUAGCAACGUUCGCCCCGCCGCAGCCGCAGCAAGAAACCACGGGCUCUGUCUUGUCGCCGACAUGGUCACGGACUUCUGCCGCAGAUCACGCGUCUUCCCCUGUUGUACGACAGCAGGGCUUGAUGUCGCCCUUCCUGACGAACAACAGUAUCAUGGCGCAUCCAGACGAAUCUGUAGUUACUGUCAGGCCUGUAUCUCUACGACAAGGCAAGGGCGCGCGGUUGAGCUUCCUGGGUGGCCGCAAGAAGGAGACUCCGCCCACGCCUACUUCGCCUCUGUCACAACACCAGGCGAAUUGGCAGACACAGCUUCCGCCUUUAAACACCAGUACAGAGCCAGUGAAGACGCCACGGCAGCAAUCCCAAUCUCAGACACCGAUCGACCGCGAGGCGAACGGAGAUCUGAGCCGUAUCAGUAGCCGCGAUACGAGCACUGCCAACAAACGUCGCAGUAUUUUCAGGCCGCUUUCGGUCCUAGAAAAGCAGGAUUUCUCGCUGAUGACAUCGACGGCCACCGUUACGACGAACGAGAAUGGACCCGACGCUAAAGACGCCGGAGACUGGUUUACCGAUUAUUCGGCAACGGUAGGGUCGGGCGUCGGCCAGACGGGCGGAUACAACAACGAUGCCCCUGGUGGGCGCAGGAGCACUGACGUUAGACCGUCCGCUGAAUCGCUCCCCUCAGAUAAGUUCGUCUCGGGAGGAGCUGCGGGUGGACCUGCUGCCAAGCUCGGCAGUGUACGCAAAAGAUUGAGCAUCUUGAAACUCGGACGGAAGGGCAGCAAAAGCAGUACGGCCAUGGGAAGCGUCGAUGAGGAAUGACGGCAUUCAAUGCAUUGAAAUUCUUCUGUCUGGAUCUCUUCGUAUUCUGCUCUCAGUUUUCUUAUUUCCUUCUACUUAUUUCUGCACCUUGCCCCUUUGGGAUAUAUAUACCGGCAUUUGCUGCGCGUGAUGUGUACGCCAUACAUCAUGUCUCCUUUUGUCUGCUCUGGCUGGUUUCCCCCAGACAUUAGCCCUGGAUGUAACCAUUGAUUCCCUGCCAUAGAUUUGUGUGCUGGCUUCGUGCGAGUUCAAUCUUUGUAUUUUACCCCCCCCCCCCCCCCCCCCCCCUUCUGCACUUUUCAAGGUUCUAUUUCUUGCACGGAAAUCUUUGUCAUAUACCAUUUUAGUGUUUUUUCUCCUCCAACUUUGUGUUCCAUCACAUAACAAAACCACCUUAGGACUUUUUCAACUGGACAUACAUACCCCCUUGUUUUUACGAGCGAGCGAGUAUCUACUCAUAACCCACCUCGUACCUUCUUUUCGUCUAUUGUGUUAGUUCAUAGACCUUAUUUUAAAUGAGUAGUUCCCGGAUUGCUGGCAGGAAACUCGUCUGUUUGGCAAUUUCGGCAGCAAAUACUGUACGCGAUUGACUAUUUUACUGGGUAUAAAAACGUUUUGUAACAACACGAUAGAUGGUUUCUUAUGACUUUUACGAAAGAGAAAUUUCUUUUUUCC